AUGGGUAUCAAAACAUUUUUCUAUACCCACGUUGAUACACUUAGCUUUCAAGUACUGUAUGAUUGUAUCGUAUAUAAUACGGAUCAAUAUUAUAAAAGCCGAGAUACGGAUGAAAAUAUUGCAAAGAAAUUGUCCAAACGUUACGAGAAUUAUCAGCAACAAUUUGCUCGUAAUCAUCGUUUAUUAUCGAAAAUAAUUCCACGAUUCUUGGUGAAUCAUUUGUUUAGAAUUCGUGUUUGGAUCGAUUCAUGGUUGCAAUUGGAUCGUGUCGAUAGGAAUUUGUUUGAAAAUCAAAACAAAAUGCGUUUGUUUCCCAAUGCAAAUAUCAAAAGUCGAACGUAUGUUUUGUUAUUUGUAUUGAUUAUUGAUUGUUUCAAUUUUAUUGAACACAUCAUUGUUGCAAUUAGUGUUUUAAUUGGCAUGUUUUUCAUUGUCCCUGAACUGGCUACAACUGACAUAGUUAGAAAUUCAUUGAUUAUGAAAUUUUGUCUUUUCAUCGAAUUAAUUUUAUUCCUAGUUAAUGUGUUACAAAUGUUUCAAUGCGCAAUGCUUCUAUCCUGUUCGGUAUCGGCACCAUAUCAGGUGUUUCAUAAUACAUUGAAACAUCUAAAUCAAAAAUUCUAUGCAAUUUCUGAAAAUUCACGUAAUGGAAAACCGAUUGGUGCAAAUGAAUUGAUGGAACUACGAUUCAUCUAUCGACAACAUAAUAUUCUAUGUUAUUAUGAAAUAUUCACCGAUAAAGAUGCCUGGAGCCAGGCGCUUUACUAUUAUGCAUUGGUUAGCAUUCCAAUUAAUGUGACAUUGAUGUGUAUACUAAUUGUUGAAGAUUUACCGCUGCAAGCACGAUUUUUAUUCUUAGCGGUUACAGCUGUGCAUGGUCUCACUGGUCUCAUUCCAUUUAUGACCUUAGCUGAUGUAUCCAGUGCUUGUCAUAAAAUCAAAGAUUAUAUACCAGCAAUGCAAAUACAAUUGAAUUGUUUGAUACAUCUUAGAAUGAAAUUGAAAUAUGAUGAUCUCUAUGAACGUUUGAUGUUUGGUAAGAAAAUUGCCUUUACAUUUGGCUAUCUUGGCGAUCUGACGUAUCGGGGGUUAUUCGAAGCAUUUCUUGGCUAUAUCGCCGCUUUCUUUCUCAUCAUGGGUUUCUAUAUGCGAGAACAUUCAACAUGAAUAAUUAUGAUUUGAUCAAAUGAUGAUGAUAAUGAUGAUUCCGUAUAAUUCUAUUAGUUUAACCUUUAAUUUUGAAUCAUUUGUUAUUUCCAUUUAACAUUCGUCUUUAUAUGUGUAUGUGUGCACUGUUGAACAAAUUAAUUA